AUGGCUCAAGAAGACAGCCCAAGCAUCAGCAUCAGCACGAGUGCCAGCACCGCAACAAGCGUGCCUGCACCUGCUCCUGCUGCUGCUGUUGCUACCACCACGACUCCAAUCACUACCACUACUACAGCUUCUCCCGCGCCUGAGCCUGAGCCUACGUCUACGUCUACGCCUACAGCUACGGCUACAGCUACACCUGUCCCCGUGCCGGUCUCUGAUGCCAGCGACGUCGCUGUUACGUCGACAACCUCUACUAAUUCUGUCCCUCCCCCGACAGCUUCGACCUCACCUCUUCCUCAUCCUCCUUCCGCGACCCCGACCCUGACCUCGACCCCGACCCCCUCCGCCGAGACGUUGUCUACCGCGACCGCGAACGCGUCGGCAAUCGCAAACGCAAACGCACCAGCGCCUGUCACUGCGACUGGAUCUGCGCCUGCGCCCGCGCUUGCUCCUGCUCCUCCUCCUGCUCCUCCUGCCGUUGCUCCUACGCUCCCUCCUCAGCAGAACGGCGACCUGAGGGCGUCUUCCUCGCCCUCCAUGGCAAACAACCAGCCGCCCGGGCACCCGAGAAGCUACCCGAGCCCGAACAACUUCAGCACCGCGGGCAUGCAGCCGGCGCAGUAUGCCUACCAUCCUCAGCCGAACCAGCCCACGGGCGACCCGUACCGGGCCAGUCCCGGCGCCGUUCCCUCUCUCCCGAGCAUGAAGAGCCUCGAGCACCACCACUACCCCCAGGGCGCGCCGCAACACCAACCGAUGCCGAUGCCGAUGCCUAUGCCUCCGAACGCCGGCAUGGCGUACUACAUGGCGCCGGGCGUACAGAAUCCGUAUAUGGCGCAGGACAUGAGCAGCAUGAGAUAUGCUCUCCCGCCGGGUCACGAUCCUAGGUUGAUGCGCGGUCCGGGUGGUCCCAAGAAGGAGAUCAAGCGUCGCACGAAAACAGGCUGCCUUACGUGUCGCAAGCGUCGAAUCAAGUCCAAGUCCGCGUUCCGGGAUCGCGUCAAGUCCGUCCGCCCCAAGCCCGCCGCCGCGCCUGUCGUGCCUGCCGCCGCUGAGGUCCGCCUGGCGCCCGCACCCGCGCCCGCAGCCGCAGGGAGGAGCAAUGUUCCGUUCCUGCAGAAUGGGACCUGGAACCGACCGUCAGCGCCCUCCCGCCUUUCCCUUCCCGCCUUUCGCUCUCUGCCUCUCGCCUAUUCCCAACAGGAACUCGUCUCGCUUCAGACGCAACCCCGACCGGCUCCGACCAACCAGCCCAGCCUACCUAGCCUCGCGCCAUUCCCGAUCAUUAUUCACCUCAACUUUAAACUUUCUUACCUCAUCAUUCCAGCCAUCAAGUGGCCUUACCUCACCUUCACCGAAGAUAGCACAAUCUCACACAGCACGCCCAAUUGCCUCUGCGACGAGGCUCAUCCUACUUGCAACAACUGCAAAAAGUCCAAGCGCGAGUGCUUAGGAUACGACCCGAUCUUCAAGCAACAGCCAGGCCCAUCCGCCAUCCAGCCUGCCCCCAACGCGCCUCAGCGGAUAUCGACUCCGACUAUCCCGUCUGUGCCUUCGUCCGUUCCUCCCACGGUUCCUACCGUACCAUCGACUCCUGUUGCUCCGCCUCAGGUCCCCGUCUCUUCGUCGAAUCCUUACGGCAAUCAGUCGGCAGUUCUGCCAAGCUCAUAUAACGCCUCCGUCGCUUCGAGCCACGCCCCAUUGGAUCCCGCUCUGAAUUCAGCUGCGCCCAACGUCAAGGCCGAGCCGAACUACGAUUUUGCCGCCUCCAUCGACCCUGCUCUGCAAAAUCUACCCCCGGCCACCUUACCUUCGACGCACAACCAGCCGUUCUCGGCCGAGCAAAGGGCAGGCUUCGACAACCAUCUCAGAGCCACAAGAAUGAAAAUCGAUGAGCUCAUCGGCCUCCUGGGUCCUACCGCUCCCACCCAGGAAGUCGCCCUCACCUCGGAGCUCCUCACUGAAAUCGUCAACAUCUACCGCGAGAUAUACGCCGACGGCCUCCAGAACUUCUUCGAGUCGGCCUGGUUCUCCGCCAAGGAUGCUCAAGGAAAGCACGCACUCGAACACAACCAAGCAAUCCUCGGCCAGUUCGCAUCUUUUGUGACGGUUCUCCGGACUGUCCCGGCCAACGACCACCCUCAGAUGACCCAUACGGGGGUCCUCGAGGCGCGGUUGAUAUGGGCCCUCGCUACCUUGCCGUGCAACAGCGCUCCGCCCACGGUAAACCCGAAUUCGAAAUUCUUGCCUCCUCCCGAGGAUCUGACCGAAGCCGCCAACCGAGUCAGGGUUCUCGAGGCUCUCCUCUGUGGCGACUUCUUGCCAUCCAACCCUCUCACGCCCCCUGUCCCGGACCCCAACCCUCAUCGUCAAGAAGAGUUCGAGUUCUGGUACAACCUCGCCGAGUUCCUGCGCUAUCACGAUCCUGCCAAACGCGAGGAGAUUCUCGGCAGACUUCGGCUGCAACUGGGCGGCAGGGAAAACCGGGACCUCAUCUACUCGAUCGCCGUCACACGCGAGAUAUCGCCUCGCGUGGAGCUCGGCUUCGAGAAGAACAUUCCCCAGCACUUGGACGAGUCCAACGACAACAACCGACUUUACGUGGCGAAUAAGUUCAUCGAGCAGGAGGCCCAAGUUACUGGCGGAACCACCAACAUUAUCCGCCGGAUCAGCGAGAUUACCAUCCGGUCCUACAUCAACCCCGGGGUCAACAUUGGCCCCCGUCCGGGACAGUCCUGA